AAUUCAUUACAUUUGCAGGUGACCCCUUUCCUCUUCACACCUGCGCAGUUUGGAAUCCUCUUCAGUCGUUGCUCCGAAGAGGCAAAUUCAAUUGCACAAAAUUCAAUUGCAAUUGUUUUGUACUCGCCUUGCAACUUGGCUCGGGUGACUCUAAUUAGGAAAUCGCUUGCAGGUCCGUGCUGGGUUGUGCCAUGGGACGACUUGACGGAAAGGUUGUAUUACUCUCUGCUGCUGCUCAAGGGAUUGGCAGAGCAGCUGCUAUUGCUUUUGCUAAGGAAGGAGCCCAAGUCAUUGCUACCGAUAUCAAUGAAUCAAAACUUCAAGAACUGCAAGCAUUUCCAGGCAUUCAAGUUCGGUUGCUGGAUGUCACCAACAAAGGGCAAAUUGAGAAUCUGGCCAAGGAAGUGAAAAAAAUCGAUGUUCUCUGUAAUAUUGCAGGAUAUGUGCAUCCUGGAACUAUUUUGGACUGUGAGGAAAAAGACUGGGACUUCACAAUGACAGUCAAUGUUCGUAGCAUGUAUCUGAUGAUCAAAGCAUUCCUUCCUAAGAUGCUCGAACAGAAAUCCGGUAACAUUAUCAACAUGGCUUCUGUGGCAUCCAGCGUCAAGGGAGUUGCCAACCGGUGUGUCUACAGCACCUCAAAGGCUGCAGUGAUUGGUCUCACUAAGUCCAUUGCGGUUGACUUUGUUGACCAAGGCAUCAGAUGCAACUGUAUUUGUCCUGGUACUGUUGACACUCCUUCCCUCCGUGAGAGAAUCCAGGCCAGUCCUAAUCCCGAACAGGCACUGAAGGGCAUGGUAUCCAGGCAAAAGAUGGGUAGGCUUGGUACACCUGAAGAAAUAUCCCACCUCUUUGUGUACCUGGCUUCUGAUGAAUCAGCCUAUGUGACUGGUAAUGAAUGCAUCAUUGACGGUGGCUGGAACCUGUGACUUACUUUGCUGAAGAUUCUUUUUGCAAACGCAAAGUGCCUUUAGACAACAGAAAAGUGGGAUUGCUUACCCUCUAAGUCUAAUAUCUCAAUGCAGGUGGCAUUCUUAAUGACUAAAAAUAGUUAAUCCUCCUCUCCUGCCUAAUUUUUCUGUUAUCUGGUCAGUGCUAAGCCUUCUCUUCCACCCCUUUCCAUCAUUUUUCUUGUCCCAUAAAUAACUGUUUGUUUCUUUGUUGCAUGCUGCCUGUACAUUUUUCUUCUGAGUCUGUCAUUGUGUUGCAAAGAGGUCAUAUUUUCCACAUCCACUGCUGUUCAGUCAGGGGCUGAGCAAAGGGGAGAGGGGACAGGAUGGGGGGUCAAAAUGCAUCCCCCACGUGAUCUAGACACCAUGACCCCCCCCCCUCUUUUCCCCCAUAGAUACGCCAAUGAAUGAGACUAUCAUAGAAAUGUUAAAUUAGGGCACAGUCUGAUCAUGUACACAAAUACUAAAUUACUUUUCUUGAGUACUCGAUAGAACCAAUAAAAUGUCAUUACCAUUA